AUGGCUGAAACACACAUAUGGCAGUUAAGGAGAAUUAAUGACAAGCACAAGUGUAGCAGAGAAUUCAAUGUGAAAAUGCUUAAUGCUAAGUGGUUAAGUAGUAGGUUGGAAAACACAUUAAGAGACAAUCCAAGUUUGAGGGUCGUUGAUAUUCGCAAUAAAGUUACUAGGAAGUGGAAUAUUGCUGUGACAAAGUCCAUGGCUCGUAGAGCAAAAACACUAGCUGUUGAGCAAGUUGAUGGGUCAUUUGUAGAACAGUUUAGUAGAAUCUAUGAUUAUGCACAUGAGAUUCUUCGUUCUAAUCCUGGUUCUACAACAAAGGUCAAAGUGGAAGGAAAUGAAGGCGAAAAAUAUUUCAGCAGGUUCUACAUGUGUUUAAAGGCCUACAAAGAUAGUAUGAUUUCAUGUCGCCCUUUCAUUGGUUUAGAUGGAUGUUUUCUGAAACAUAAGUAUGGGGGUGAACUUCUUACUGCUGUUGGAAGGGAUGCCAACGACCAAAUGCUACCAAUUUCCUGUGCCGUCGUUGAAGUGGAAAAUAAGGACACAUGGACAUGGUUUUUGGAGUUGUUAAUUGAUGAUCUUGGGGGACCAGAUAUCUGUGCAGCCUACACAUUCAUGUCAGACCAGCAAAAGGGUUUGUUACCAGCCAUUCAAUCUCUUUUGCCUAGGGCUGACCAAAGGUUCUGCAUGAGACAUUUAUAUGCAAACUUCAGGAAGAAAUUCCCAGGAAAGAAUUUGAAAGCUUUAAUGUAUUGGUCAAAGUCAAGGUUCAUCCCCAGACCUUUGUGUGACACACUCGUCAAUAACAUGAGCGAGGCAUUCAACAACGUAAUUGUACAAGCAAGGAGUAAGCCAAUAGUGUCCAUGAUGGAGGAAAUACGUCUUUAUAUGAUGCAAAGAUGGGUUGAGAAUCGAUCAAAGGCAAAAUCAUUCAAAAACUCAAUAUGUCCAAGAAUCAAGACAAGAUUGGACAUUGAAACAAAAAAUUCCACAAAUUGGAUUCCCAGCUGGUCAGCAAAUCAGAUUUUUGAGGUUAGACACAAAUCAUUUACUGGGGAGAAAUUUGUGGUGAACAUAGACAGCAAGCACUACACCUACAGGAAGUGGAGUCUAACAGGGAUACCUUGCUGUCAUGCAGUGGCUGCAAUUAAGUUUUUGAACUUAAGUGAAGAAGAUUUUCUCCCUCAUUGGUUCAGAAUCUCAACCUAUGAAGAGACCUCUAAUUCCAUUAUAUACCCUUGUAACGGGCAGCAAGUGUGGACUGAAACAGAAUUUCCAGAUGUAUUGCCCCCUCCUAAACGAAUUCUACCUGGAAGACCUAAAAAGAAAAGAAGACUUGAAGCUUGGGAGAUGAACAAGAAUGGGAAGCAGAUUACAAAACAUGGCAUGACUAAAAAAUGUAGCAUAUGCAAAGAAGUUGGUCAUAAUCGAAAAAGCUGUCCCCAACAACCUGAACCAGCACCACCAAGUCAGCCAACACCACCAACUGAACCAACACCAUCAACUCAGCCAACACCAUCAACUGAAACAGCUUCACCAACUGCAACAGUAGCAAGAAGUCAGCCAACACCACCAACUGAACCAACACCACCAACUCAGCCACCACCACCAACACCUAUGACUCAACCAACUCAGGCAUCACAGCAGCCACCACCAACACCUAUGAGUCAACCUACUCAGUCAUCACAGCAGCCACCAUAG